AUGCGGCCGGCGGGCGGGGAGAUGGGCGCCGGCGACAAGGAAAACGAGCCUUCUGAGCCACACAGAAAUGUACUGAAAACCCCUUUGAAACAAGCAGCUACCUCGCAGGUGGUACUGACAGAGAGACAGCCUGACUGUCAGCCACUAACCACACCCCCAAAACCUAAGGACACCUCUCCAGCAGAGCCAUGGACACCUACUUCCAACCUGAAAAUGCUGAUUAGUGCAGCCAGCCCUGAGAUUAGGAACAGAGAACAGAGAAAGCAACUGUCAAACAGUUCAACUGAGGUCCUACAGGCAAAACAUUGUUUACAGGAACACUUACUGGGAGAUGAAUAUGAAAAAUCUCAGCCGAGUCGCAAAGAGAAAAGCCUGGGAUUGCUGUGUCACAAAUUCUUAGCUCGAUAUCCUGACUACCCCAGCCCUGCACAGAAGAGUUACAUUUGCCUUGAUGAAGUCACUGAAGAGCUACAUGUUGAACGCAGGCGCAUCUAUGACAUUGUGAACGUGCUGGAGAGCCUGCACAUGGUGAGCCGCCUGGCCAGGAACAGAUACGUUUGGCAUGGCAGACAUAACCUCCCCCAGACCCUGCAGGCUCUGAAAAAGGUUGGAGAGGAGAACAAAUACAUCCAGCAAAUUCAGAUGAUCAAGAAAAGGGAGUACGAGCACGAAUUUGAUCCUGACGGCGAAAGAAGUGAAGAAACGGCAAGUUCUCUUGGCUCGAGUGAACAGUCAGAAAUGUCUUUUGUCGAGCUCCCAGGAGUGGAAUUUCGUGCUGCAUCAGUAAAUGGCAGGAAAUACAAGUCUUUACGAGUGAUGAGUCAGAAAUUUGUGAUGCUGUUUCUUGUUUCAACACCUCAAAUAGUGAGCCUUGAAGUGGCUGCUAAAAUCUUGAUUGGAGAAGACCAGUUAGAAGACUUAGAUAAAAGCAAGUUUAAAACCAAAAUUAGGAGACUUUAUGACAUAGCAAAUGUUCUCAGCAGCCUUAAGCUUAUCAAGAAAGUUCAUGUUACAGAGGAGAGAGGUAGAAAACCAGCAUUCAAGUGGACAGGACCUGAGGUCUUGCCAAACAUUCAGGAUACAAAACUUGAAGCAACUUCUACAACCUGUUCCCCACCUGUUUCAGAAUCCGUCCCUUCCAAAGAGCACUGCUCAAAAAACCUUUUUCCUUCAAAAGGAAAGCAAAACUUCACUCGGCAUUCAUCUCUGAUAAAGUUAGUUAAGAGUAUAGAAAACGACAGAAGAAAGAUCCAGUCUGCUCCAACCAGCCCAGUUAAAAUGAGUACAAGUACUUACCAAAGCUUACCAGUUUUCCCGAGUACAAUAACUCAGCUUCCUGCAAUCGCUAAACCGCAGCUGGAAGGGCAAUCCAAGACAGCAGAGGAGAUGCAAAUGAAAUGUGCCCUGUCCUCACCUGAGGCAGUCCCCAAGCCUGAACCCUCUCAGCAGCCAACUCCCAGCCAGCCCCUGGGGGUCUGCCCUGCAAGCCACAGCUCAGUCUCACCAGUAAUCCUACCUCAUCCUCACUCUGGGGUGUCAUAUGCCAUAUAUCUGCAUCCUUCUCAAGCCCACACUGUGACAACCUACAGCCCAGGUUUCAUGUUGCAGCCUCUGCCAUGUGCUAAUGUAACUGGAAUUAAGAGCAAUAAUUCAAAAGUGUUAAAUAAAAUAACCACUGAGGAAGGGGACAAUCAGAUCGCUACGGCUGAGCCAACAAAGCCUUUGGCAGCUGAAGAAAGACCAGAGACGAAAUCAGAAACUUCAUCACAGAGGUGCCUUAAAAGAUCACAAGCAUUACAAGAGAAUAAUUUAAUUAAAAGGCAUAGAGGUGAUGAAGAGAGCCUUGGUACUUCUUUGGGAGAAUCCACUAAAAAUGAAAAACCACCUUCUAAUAGCUCACAAGUGAAUCAUGAAAUGGAUAAUGUCCAGGAAGAUAAACAGAAGGAAACAGAAGCAUCAGAUCAAAACGUGGAUCAAAGCAUGGCAAGUUGCUGUGACCAAUGUAAAAAGGAAAAUAUUCCAGAAGAUGAGGAUAAAAUCAAAACUAAACAAGACAUACCUGUAGCAUUUGCCAUCCCUACUCCUGAGACUUUCUUCCCCUCUGGUUAUCUCAUUCCUCUCACUCACUGCACCCACGGCACAAAGGCAGACUGCUCCAAUAAAGAGAAAGCUGGGAUGUGUUCCUUACAGCACCCGACCUACAGCUCACCCAUUACUGGUGUCAUUCCAAUGACAGCCUCAGAGCUGAAAACAGUUAACAUUCCUGCUUUUCACAUAACACCCUUGAACAUAAUGCUGUCACCAAAUUCCAUAGCUGCUGCACCUGUACUGGGCAACUCCUGUCUCAAUUCCAGCAGUGCCAGCUCUGUCCAAAAUCCGAGUUCUUCAGCUCUGAACUUUAUGCUGCAACACAUAGGCCUGAUACCUGCUGGUGUGCAAGUCCCUGCAAAUCCCGUUCUGCAGCACGUGCCGGUCUCUUCCCAAGCAGAAAGCACCAGCCACAGCUCAGGAAACACCAACAUGCAAGAAGGGAAGCCUUCUGCUCCAAAGGAACCUCAGGAGCCUCAGGCAGUUACAGAAAGCUUUUUCCGCACACCAGGAGGCCCAGAUUCUGGAUCUUCACUACCUACAAACUCAGAUGGUACCGAGAGAAUCUCUCAAGGAACUCUUUAUAUUCCUCAGCGAAAACUUGAAGUUUUGGAAGACUAA